AUGGCGCAUGACGAUCAAUCGGCGGAGAGAUCGACCGGGAAGGUGAAUUGGUUUAGCAAUGGGAAAGGCUAUGGCUUCAUUUCUCCCGAUGACGGCGGAGAGGAGCUCUUUGUUCAUCAGUCUUCAAUCGUCUCCGAUGGUUUCCGGAGCUUGACUGUUGGUGAACCGGUCGAGUACGAAAUCACGUUGGCAAAUGACGGGAAGACUAAGGCCGUCAAUGUCACUGCUCCCGGCGGCGGUUCUCUCAAUAAGGAAUUCAGCUCCCGAGGAAACGGCGGCGGGUGUUUCAGUUGCGGUGAAGUCGGCCAUAUUGCGAAGGAUUGCGGUGGAGGCGGUGGUCGCAGAUCCGGCGGUGAAGUUUCUUGCUACAUGUGUGGCGGUUUGGGACACAUCUCUAGGGAUUGCAGGCAGAACGCCGGUGGAAACGUUGGAGGCGGCGGAGCGUGUUACAAUUGCGGAGAGGUUGGUCACAUGGCUAAAGAUUGUCGUGGUGGUUCCGGUGGGAACAGAUACGGAGGCGGUGGCCGUGGAUCUGGCGGUGAUGGAUGCUACUUGUGUGGCGGUGUUGGGCAUUUCGCUAGGGAGUGCAGGCAAAACGCCGGUGGAAAUGUUGGAGGCGGCGGUGGAAACACUUGCUAUACCUGUGGUGGUUUCGGCCACAUGGCGAGAGUUUGUACCAGCAAGAGACAGUCUGGUGCUGGUGCUGGUCCUUGUUACGAAUGUGGUGGAAUUGGCCACUUGGCUCGUGACUGUGAUCGGAGAGGAAGUGGAGGAGGAAGCGGCAGUGUCAAGUGUUUCACCUGCGGCAAGGAAGGUCACUUUGCAAGGGAAUGCUCUUCCCUUGCGUAA